AUGGCCGAGUACAAGCUCUCGGCUUCACUGUCCGGACAUGAAGACGAUGUUCGCGCAGUGGCCUUUCCUUCCUCGAAAGCUGCCAUUUCAGCCUCCCGAGACGGCACAGUACGAUUAUGGAAGCUCCUCUCCGACAAUCCUCCCUUAUUUGACGCCAACAUAGCUUCAAACGCCACAGCCUUUGUAAACGCCGUUGCGUAUCUUCCCCCAAGCCCGCCCUUCCCAGAGGGCCUGAUUAUAUCUGGUGGGCAAGAUACCGUAAUCGAAGUACGCCAACCGUCGAAUGCCCCCCAAGACAAUGCCGAGGCACUACUACUGGGACAUCAUAAAAACGUAUGCGCGUUAGAUGUGGACCAGGCUGGAAAGUUUAUCGUCAGCGGGAGCUGGGAUGGUGAAGCAAGAGUAUGGCCUGUUGGAAAGUGGGAAUGCGAAGCCGUUCUCAAAGGACAUGAGGGUAGUGUUUGGGCAGUGUUAGCUUUUGAUUCGGAGACAAUCAUCACGGGUUGCGCCGACAAGCUUAUUCGAGUCUUCAACACAAAUGGGAAGCUAUUACGGACAAUUGGAGGAAGCCAAGAUGUUGUGCGGGCCUUAUGCCGGAUACCUAAGGGACACCCGUCCGGUGCUGACUUUGCCUCGGCUUCCAACGAUGGAAUUAUUCGACUAUGGACGAUUUCUGGUCGUCAAGUGGCAGAAUUAUUGGGGCACGAGAGCUUUAUCUACUCAUUAGCAUCGUCUCCUUCAGGGGAGCUGUUUAGUUCUGGCGAGGACAGAACGGUGCGGGUGUGGAAAGGCACCGAGUGCAUUCAAACCAUCACGCAUCCCGCAAUAUCUGUCUGGGGUGUAGCAGUUUGCGGAGAGAAUGGGGAUAUUGUUACUGGCGCAAGCGAUAGAGUAGUACGAGUAUAUACCAGAGAUGCAGCACGAUUUGCCGAUGCUGAGACAACGCGGCAGUUUGAGGAGUCUGUCAAGGAAUCGUCGAUACCUCAACAGCAACUUGGCGAUGUCAAUAAGGAGAAAUUACCUGGACCGGAAUUUUUGGUACAGAAGGCGGGUACGAAAGAGGGGCAGGUGCAGAUGAUUAGAGAACUAAACGGUGCCGUUACCGCACAUCAGUGGUCGGUUGGCCAGCAGCAAUGGAUUAAUGUUGGUACAGUCGUAGAUGCAGUGGGAAGCAGCGGGAAGAAGGUCGACUAUCUAGGCAAAGAAUAUGACUAUGUCUUUGACGUCGAUAUCGAAGAUGGGAAACCACCAUUGAAAUUACCCUACAACCUCUCUCAAAAUCCCUACGAGGCUGCCACUAAGUUCAUCCAAGACAAUGAGCUUCCAAUAACAUAUCUUGAUCAAGUCGCAAAAUUUAUUACUACCAACACCCAAGGCGCAACUAUUGGACAGCCCGCAGCACCAAUUUCGGCACCAGAUCCCUGGGGCAGCGAUAAUCGAUAUAGGCCAGGAGAUUCAACCGCACCGGCUGUCUCGAUCCCUCCUAAAGUCCUCCCACAAAAGGAAUAUCUCGAUAUCCUUGUCGCACGAGUUCCAGCAAUACAAAAGAAAAUUGUGGAAUUGAACCAAGCUUUGAUAGAAGGUGGCCACAAAGAUGUGUCUUUAAAUCCGACCGAGCUCUCAGUAUUAUCAACUCUGUGCAAGCACUUGGAUUCAACCGGCGCCACAAAGGCAUCCCAAUCUGUGACUGGUGGCCUCGAUCUCGCCGUCAAGCUGACAACGACCUGGUCAUACAAAGAUCGAUUACCAGGCUUGGAUAUUCUACGGUUACUCGCCGUAGCCCCUGAAACAGCAACGUUCUCGCACCCCCGAGGCGGGAACAUAAUCGACGUCCUCGAAACAGGGGCAACAGAUACGCAACCGCCAGCAGAGAACCACGUAAUGAUGGCCAUCCGUGCAUUCGCCAACCUCUUCUCCUCCGCCGAAGGCCGCCAGCUUGCGGCUUCAGAGUUCACAAAAAUCCAAUCUAUCAUCACACCCUUCAUUUCCUCUGGAACUACAAACCGCAAUCUCCUCGUCGCGGUAACAACGUUGUAUAUCAACUACGCGGUAUAUUUCAAGACCGAGAACCAGACACCCGCUUUCGACACUGUCAUCGCUUUGCUAGAUACCCUAGCUAAGAUUCUUAGCACAAGCACGGAUGCGGAAGCUGUAUACCGUGCCCUUGUGGGGACUGGGACACUGUUGACACUUGACGAAGAGACACGAAGUGCAGCGAAGGAGGUUUACGGCGUGGAGAAGUGUGUGCAGAGCGCGGUGGGGAGGGUGAGUGAUGUGAGGAUCAGGAAUGCUGCGAGGGAGAUUGGGGAGCUAUUAAGAAGCUAG